AUGACUGUGAGCUUUAACGAUGAUGGUGAGGAAGUUCUGUAUGACGCAGAGGUGGACGGACAACUACUGCAGGUUCCAGAGGAGUGGGGAACCAUGGUCAGAGCUGGCACAGAGUUCUCCAUGUUCACGGUGAUGUCCUACGACCGAUACAUGGCCAUUUGCAGUGCUCUAUAUUACGAGGUCAUUAUGAACCACAGGACCUGCCUUGAGAUGGCAGUCGGGUCCACCGUUGUCCCCCAGUUCUUCUGUGACGUCCCCGCUGUGCUGAUCUCCUUCUCCGAGGACCACGUUGUCACGUUAGCCGUUGUCUUCUUCGUCCUCAUAUUCGUCUGGUACAUCCACAUGUUCUGGGCAGCGUUGAGCAUGACGGCCACUGAGGGCCGGGUCUUUUUGGUGAUUCUGUUUGCUGCUUUAGAGAUAGUCAUCCUCACGGCGUUGUCCUACGACCGCUACGCCUCCAUCUGCCACUCCCUGCGUUAUGAGCUCAUCAUGACCAAUCCGGCCUGUGGAAGGAUGGCGGCCGCCUCCUGCAUCAGCGGGAUGCUGUUUGGGGUCUCGCCUGCAGCUUCUACUUUGUCCCUGAGCUUCUGUGGGCCCAACAACGUCCAGCAGUUCUACUGUGACGUUCCUUCCCUGCUGAAGAACUCCUGCUCAGAGGACCACGUCGGCAUCGAUGUAAGCGUCACCGGUGGGGUAGCUUUAGGUGUCAUGUGCUUCGUCUUCCUCAUCAUCUCCUACAUACUCCCCCCGACUCGGGACCUGCUGUUUUCUGUGUUCUACACCGCGGUGCCUCCCGCCCUGAAUCCCUUCUUCUACAGCCUGAGGAACAGGAACAUGAAGGCCUCCUUGGGGAAACCAUAUGAAGAGCUGCCCAAAGAGAAAUUCCAGCGUCUAAGGAUUUGUCGAUGUCUGGGACAGAUGUUGAUAAGCCGUGUGUGA